AUGAGCCACCAGGAAUUGUCUUUAUCGGGAGAUGAUAAGGGCUUGGACAGCAGGGCGGACACGUUGACGCUGUCAAACUCGAACUUGGACCUGAACCUCAACAUGAGCCCAGGAGUGUCCGGAUACGACGAUGCUGGGUCGAUCCAUAGCGAGUCGUCGAUGAUUUUUGAGCGAAAUGUGGAAGACCCUUAUUCGCAGGUGUUUUCGAACCCAAGGCUUGCGUCGCUCUCGCGGUCGGGUUCCCACGCUAACCUGGGAUUCGACUCGCCCCAACAGGACGGCAGUGGUGGUAGUGCUGGGUUGCCAGCCGGCUCCUAUAAUGGAUACCCGGUACCCCUGUCGAGAAAACAGUCCAACGCAGGCUCGUUUGUCUCGCACCACACGCUCGAAAACCUCGUCGCUCCGGCUCUAGACGAAGGUGUCACUAUCGUGAACGACGACUCGACCGACCUGGAGGCAGUAGAGAUGAUUUACUCCAGAAGACCUUCCACCAUCGGCUUGGAUAUGGCCUUGGGCAGAACAAGAACAAGCUCGUUUUCGGAAACGGCAACCCUAAACGCACAGGCACAGGGCGCGGGCGCAAACCCAAGACUCAUGAGAACCAACAGCGCGUCCCAGAGCUCUGGCCCGGAAACAAGACCAAGAGUGCUACGUUUUUACUCGUACGCUGAUAUGCUUUCCGACGAAAACUCCCAAAACCCAAGAAGACCCUCCAUCACACAGUCCCUCUCCUCUACGCUUCUAAGACAGCAGCAGCAGCAGCAACAACCAGGCGGCCCAGGGCUUCCUCAUGACCCUUACCAGUCCACCUCUCCAAGCUUCUCAAACCCUUUCCUCAGCUCUCAAGCACUGGCCUCCAGUGCAGCUCCAGGAAACGGCGUCCAACCACCAACUAGCCCUCUUGACGCACAGCGCAAGUACUCAAACGUCUCGAUACCCCCACUCUCCGUCACCACAAGACAUUACUCCAAUAACAUGCUUUCGCGCUCCCCAAACACAACCGCUGCUCCAGCUGCCCAUCGUCUUAGCUCGUGGCCAUUGAUGAUCCCCCAUAACACCAACAGUGCCCUCCUACGCAAAUCGCACUUCCAAAUCGAGUCCAGUGGAAGCGAGUGUUCUGAUGAAGAAACCGAUCGCGACCACCACAGGAGCAACUCAAACAACUCAAACGCUAGUAACAACUCCAACUCCAAGGCAAAGACCAUCCCUAAUUCAACAAACAUCAACUCUCCAAACUACACCCAGUAUCGUCACUCUGAUCGCGAUUUACCCAGUGCUGGCACUCUCAAUACCUCGCCCCCUAACCAACAGCAGGGCUUACGUUUGUCUCGUACUUCCACCCAGGGCUCCGGUUUCGGGAAGAAGUUAUCUCCUCCAGCCUACAAGGCAAGAGCCUACUCCAACGCCAGUAGCAACUCUCCGUACCAUACUAAUCUAAGCAGAAGCUCGUUUUCUAGCGCAAACACUCAGAGGUUGGACGACAUUCUCUUCGAUGAACAACUACAGUCUAAUACGGUUAGUGAGGUGUUAAAGAAGAAGCUAACUAAUGACAUAUAA